CCAAGAAGCAUACAUCUGUAACCUUUCUCUAACAUUCUAGAGCAAUCGGAUUUCUAGAUCAAUCUCCGAUCGAUCCAAAAUCCCAUUUCCUUUAAUUACUCCAUCAUGUUGCUCUGCUGUUCUCGCCUCAACGAUUCUCAAGUAAUCUUGCAACAAUGGUCGUCAGUUGCUCCAUUCCAGCGAUCACCCACUCAGUUUCUUCAUUGUCAGGCACACAACACAAGAAAACUAAUAACCCACGAGUCAUAAUCAAUUCGCUUCUCAAACACCCUUCUCAUCACAAACCCCAUCGUAGUUUUACUCUCUACAACCCCAAAAGACUCAAGAUUUCAGUCAAAGCCGAGAGGGAAACCGAAGAAUCAACUGUAACUGUAGCUUCGGUUGAACGCGAAAACGAAAAUGGUGAAACCCAUUUGGGAUCUAAACCCAGCGAAGAAAAUGGAGCUGAAAGUGAAGGGAAUGAGGAUCAGCAAGAAUUGGAUUGGAAGACUGAUGAAGAUUUCAAGAAAUUCAUGGGUAAUCCUUCGAUUGAAGCUGCUAUUAAGCUCGAAAAGAAAAGAACAGAUAGGAAGCUAAAAGAACUCGACAGAGAAAGAACCAGCGAUAAUCUACUUGUGGGUUUGUUCAAUCAAGUGCUUCGUGAUAAUUUAUCUAGAGAGAAACAGAGGCUCGAGAAAGCAGAAGAGAGUUUCAAAGCUCUUGAUCUCAACAAGCUAAAAAACUGUUUUGGGUUCACUACAUUUUUCGCAACCGAUGCUAGGAGAUUUGGCGAUGGGGGGAUUUUUAUCGGAAACUUGAGGAGACCCAUUGAAGAAGUAAUCCCGACAUUAGAACAGAAACUCUCGGAAGCAGCAGGAAGGGAAGUCGUUUUGUGGUUCAUGGAGGAAAAGUCUGAUGACAUUACAAAACAGGUGUGUGUUGUUCAACCGAAAUCAGAGAUCGAUCUUCAAUUCGAAUUGACCAAAUUAAGCACUCCAUCUGGCUACAUCAGUGCAAUAGCUUUAGCAGUGACCACUUUCGGGACGAUUGCUUUAAUGAGCGGCUUCUUCCUUAAACCCAAUGCAACUUUCAACGACUAUUUAGCAGACGUUGUGCCACUUUUCACCGGUUUCCUAACAAUUCUAGGCGUUUCAGAGAUUGCGACUAGGAUUACAGCAGCACGAUAUGGUGUGAAACUUAGUCCAUCGUUUCUUGUGCCCUCUAAUUGGACAGGGUGUUUGGGGGUUAUGAAUAAUUACGAAUCUCUUCUUCCUAAUAAAAAGGCUUUGUUUGAUAUUCCUGUGGCUAGAACAGCUAGUGCUUAUUUGACGUCACUAGCACUUGCAGUAGCUGCUUUUGUCGCUGAUGGAAGCUUUAAUGGAGGAGAUAAUGCCCUGUACAUAAGACCUCAAUUCUUUUACAAUAAUCCGUUGCUUUCUUUUAUCCAAUUUGUAAUCGGUCCAUACACAGACGAUUUAGGCAAUGUGUUGCCUUAUGCUGUGGAAGGUGUUGGGGUUCCUGUCGAUCCUCUUGCCUUUGCAGGGCUUUUAGGAAUGGUGGUGACUACAUUGAACUUGUUACCGAUUGGAAGACUUGAAGGAGGUCGAAUAGCUCAAGCCAUGUUUGGUCGGAGCAAGGCGGCACUAUUAUCAUUUGCCGCCUCAUUCCUUUUAGUCAUCGGCGGUUUUAGCGGUAGUGUCCUUUGUCUAGCUUGGGGGCUAUUUUCGACUUUUUUUAGAGGUGGUGAAGAAAUACCUGCAAAAGACGAAAUUACCCCUCUAGGGGAUGAUAGGUAUGCUUGGGGGUUUGUUCUUGGGCUCAUAUGCUUGCUUACACUUUUCCCGAAUGGUGGAGGGACGUUCUCUAGCACGUUUCUUAAUGGCCCGUAUUUUAGGGGCGAUUUGUGAAUCUAGUAGUGUAUGUUGUUGGUUGGUAUAUUUUUUGUUGUAAAGUUUCAUGUCUUUUUUGUUCUACAGGGACUUAUGUUUUAUCAUUGUAAUAC